UGUUAAAGAUCCUAACCUUACACGAUUAGAAAGGAAGCGACAAGCUGAAGAACAACUUGUAGAAAUGGAAAAUGAAAUGCGCCUAGCUGAAGAACAACUAUCUCGUCGACGUGAAGAACUUUCAGCAUCUAUUGGUUCAAGUCGUUUGCGACCAAUAAUUACACCUGGUAUGCGAACACCUGGUACUCCUUUGGUAUCUAAACGUCCUGGCAGUAGACUUGGCUUAUAGUAGUCCUCCUUUGUAUUGUACAUUUAUUAUUAUUGAAUGUAUAUAUAUGUCUAUAUAUUAUUUUUAUAAAAUAUUUUAGAUGUAAAUGAAAAACUUAUUUCUCAAAUAAAUUGAUUUUUCUUCGCACA